ACCGUCUUUACGCAGAAUCAGUUGUAUUUCAGUCUUUGACUGGUUCGUUACUCCAUUCAAUAAAAAAUUGUAUAAACAAAAUAUAAAAUUGUAAAUCAAAAACGUUUAAAAUUUUAAUAAAAUGAUUUCACAUUAUCUCCUUUUCACAAUAUGUAUCUGCACAGCAGCAGCAGCUGUAUUACCAGCAACAACAACUAUGGAACUAGUGGAAAAUGAAGAUGUUUAUCCCUUAAAUCCAAGUGAAAUUUUACCCAUACAACCUGUUCUAGUCUAUCCUACCCCAACAGCCAAAGAAAAAAUGCUUUACAAAUCCAGAUCCAUGUUAAAAGAUAACGAAAUAAUCUAUAUCAAAUUAUUAAAGCGAAAAAGUUAUCGUCCGAAAAAAUUCAAAAAUCAAAUCGAUGGAAAGAAUGCACCAAAAGAAAUACAAAUGAAAGAUAUUUUCUAUGUGAAAGCCUUGGCCAAUGGACAAUUUAGUCAUAAUCGUCUUAAGUUAUAUCGUUUGCCAGAAUUUUAUGCCAUAACUGUUUAUAAAAAAGGACAUCUGAAGGAGUAGGAAAGAACUUUAAACUAAAACACUUCCAUGACAUGUAUUAUAAGAGAAGAAGUGUGUGAUUUUCUAUAAAGUAUUUAAGUUAAUUUAUGCAUAAGUUGUUAGAGUAGUUAGCUGUUAUUAAUUAGUAUUUAAGUAGCUUAAAAAUAACUAAAUAAACAUUAAAGAGAUGAAUAAA